AUGCGGCAGAGCCACGACUGCCGGCAGGAGUCUCCCACCGUGUCGCUGCAGACGGCGCCGGGGCUGGUGGACGAUCUCGAGGCCCUUCUGGCGACGCUGCGGCACAAGGCCGAGGAGGCGGCGGCAGCGGGCGUGCACGUUGGGGAGCAUCCGUCCGUGUCAUUUUAUCGCGGUACUCGCCCCGUAGAAGUGCGGCUUCCCCCGCGGCAGGCGGGAGAGGUGCGGCAGGAUAAGAGUUGCCUGCAGGUUAUUGCCCUUCAUCAGGCACUCCUGCCGCCGUGCCGGAACGGGGCAUGCGCCACAGAGGAGGAGCAUUCAGCACGACUCUCUAGCUCCGAUGGGCUUGAGCUGCUGCGGCUUAACUGGAACCGACUGCUCUGGCUUCUUCUGCCUUCGCUGCGGUUUGGCGGGACGACAGAGAGGUGUGCAGCGGCGGACGCGGGUGACGCCAGCAUGGGGGCGAACGGGGAGUGUGCCGCAAACUCUGCCAUUUCCGAUUGGGAACUCUAUCGUCCGGUAGCGUGGGAGGACUACAGGCAGCUGCGGCAUCCCAGCAUCAUGGAUCGCGUCCACUACAGCUACGUGGUUUUCCUUCGCUUUUACGGCUGGCGCCUUUACGACGAGGAGAGUGGCGUCUUGGACCGUCACCAGAAUUGGCGGGGGAGGUACAAGGCGCUAGAACCAGGCGGCCAUCUGCACGAAGGGGGUGACGCUGCGGGGGGCUCGUGCAUCGGCUUUUAUGCCGCACUGCCGCGCAUCUUGUGCGUGCUGCUGGAGCUCUGUCUGACGCGCUACGCCGUGAAUUUAGUUGCCUUUCUUCUGGAGGAGAUGAGUAAAGGGCGACUGUUGCUGCUGCAGUCAAGCCUGGAGGAGAGUUGGCUGCCGCUGAUCCUCCGCAGCAAGCAGGUGGUGGACGCCGAGAAGGCGCGGCUGCGUCGGCAACUGUACCGUCUCAGCCACAGUGACUCGGACUGA